CGGCGAUCGCCUUUCUUUCGCCUUUUGCCGCAGCAGAUCUGUUGUGCACAUGCUGCCAUUCUCCAAGUAUGACGUUGCCAAGGUGCGGGUCUUCACCGACGGCAAGCCCGGUGCGUCGGGGUCUUCGUCCCACGAACAGGAGGGACACUUCUACAUCUUCAGCCGCCUGCUGCUGGCACAGAUGCUCACCACGGCAUACCUCAGGGUAUCUCAGUCAGAUCAUGAAAUGAAUGAAUGCGGAACACAAGGCAGACAGACAGAGAUCUGUCUGUUCUGUUGUGUGUAUGUUUGUGCAUGAUUGGGUGGCUGGUUGCAGAGUGAGGAUGCGCUGCAGGUGGCAUUGGCAGUGAAGCGGCUGAUCGUGGACAGUGGCUUCACGGACAUAACCCAGACUCAGCUCGAGCGCAUCCUCGAGCGGGUCCUCGCGCACUUCGAAGAGGCCGACAGGUCGGUCCGUCAGCACACUAACACUAACGAAGCAACAUGAAUAGAUCAGCCAGCCUCUCGUGUGCCCUCUUCCUUCCUCGCAGGUUGAGCUUCACCACUCACCACCGGCACUCUGCCACCUCAGUGCGGUCAUCUGCCGACCUCGGCCGCCAAGCCUGCAUCGACUCAGACCAGCUGUCAGUCACCAUCAAUCACGACCCCCGGCAGCCGCCGCCGCCGCCGGAUGUUCCCUUGUCAGAGGAGGUUGCAGAUCUGAUGGAGAGGUACCGGUGCGUGAGGGCCUUUCUCAACCUGCGCCAGGCUAUCGUGGUCUUCCUCAUGGGAACGGUGCGUACGCCAAGUGCCUAUCUAUCUACCAUGGGUGUGGUGUAUGGAUGUGUGUGUGAUAUGCAUCCGUGGACGCAGGCCGGGAUAGGCAAGUCGUUUCUGGCGAUGAAGCUGGCGGAGCGGCUCAACGUGCCCAACGUGCUGACCACUCGAGUGGCGGGCGACCUUAUGCUCCACAAGGAUGGCAAAACCAUUCCCAGAUGCAAGGUGAGUCAGUCGAUGCACAGACGGUCAGGCGGACGGUCCGACAGUCGGACAGAGACCGCAUUGUCCUCUCUCUCUUUGUGUGUUGUUUGCGUAUGUGGAUGGGUACAUCUGCAGGUGUUUGACAGCGACGAGGAUGCGAUCGCGCAUUUCCACGAGACGAGUGCGAUAGUCUGCAGCGGCCUCAAGGGGGACCUCGACAAGGCAUGGAACAACGGCAAAUCCAUCAUCUUCGAGGCACGAACACACACACACCCUAUAGUAUACCGGUUCCCUGAUGCAUGUGUGUGUGUGUGUUCAUUCAGGGUCUCCAUCUGAACCCAUCGCUGUUCUUCGACAUCCAGGCUGACGAGCCCCCCUCGCCAGACGUCCCCCUCUCGCCCCCAUUCAACCCCGACCACAAGCCCCCGUCCCCCAGACCCCUCCCACCCGCGUCACACAGGCUGCCAUACGACACAUCAGAGCCCAUUCACGAGGACCUGCCACUCGAUGACCACCUGCCCAUCCAGACUAAGAGCUCUGCGUCGAGCGUCCUUCGGCACGUCACCACCAGAAGGACGGCGCUCAGGCGGCCGCCGCUGCUGGAAUAUGAGACUAGUGGCAGCAGCACGGGCAGCAGCAGCGGCAAGGAGUCGAAUGGUGGGAACGGCACCAGCAGCGGGUUGCCUCAGGCGUUGGUGGUGCCCUUCCUGGUGGUGUGCUCGAGGGAAGACCACAAAGAGGCACUCAGAAGUGGACCGGUGAGUGAGCCAUGAUGGGGGAGUGGAAUGGAUGGUGGUCCAUGUGUGCACGUGGCUUGGCUGCGGGUGUAUAGCUUUUGGAGACUGCGGGGAAGAGGCUGUCACGGAGCGACUUCGACAAGCUCCUCAGCAACCUGCAGACGAUCCAGAGGUGCGAACCGAACAACAUGCACUCACUGCAGUCAGUACUGCGCAUAUGAGUGAGUGCAGACGUGAUGGUGUGGCGGUGGUGUGUUGUGUUGUGUGCAGGGUGUUUCUCAAGUACGCGUCGUCUCUCAAUGUGGUGCGCGUCCGGUCCGUCGACCCAUCGGCCUUCGAUUCUGUCCUGGUGAGCGAUUACAUCCAUAUAUGAAUGGGUGUGUGGACGGACACAUCGUGUAUGUGAGUGAUGUGUUUGUAUGUGUGGACUGGACAGGGUCAUCUGCAGGAGGCCGUGUUUGAGGCGAUGCGCAUGCACGUGCAGAAGGUGAAUCAGGUCAAGCAGCAGCAGCAGCAGCAGCAGCACCGGACGUGAUUCAAGGACGCGCCAUGGACAGCUGGGUGCGGUGCACAGAUGCUGUGUGCAUGGGUGUGUGUGAAUGACGAUGGCCAUAUCGGGGAGAGCGGCCAUCGUCAUCGCCACCCCUGACUUUCGCUGAGGUUGAG